GCUUUAACCGCGUCAUGCACCUCCAUUGAGACAGCGUGUGCGUGCUGGAUGCGUGCUUCACGUCAUCAACAGUUUCCGAAAACACGCCGCUGAGCCGCUGUUGUUAAAGUAAGCAACACGCUAAACUAUUAAACGAUGGAAUAUGUUAUUACAGCACUCAUGUGUUCGUAUCCCGAAGACAUAGCGAGCUAAAAGUUAAACGGAGAUACCUGCGUGUGAGUUAGUUAGCAGGACAGCUAAGACAUCAAACCCGGACGUUUCAUUCUUACUUUUAUUAUCAGGCUUUCGGAGCUGUGUGUUUCUGCAGGUUGAGCAUAUAGCCUCACCGAGGUGUCCUGGAGGUAAAAUGGGCUUUUAACUCAAGAGGUUUAAAGUAUGGAGCCAUGUUUGAGGUUUGUCUGUCGAGAGAGUCUCAGGAAAGUGUCGAUGAAAUGCUGGACACGGAGAACUGUGAAGCGCUCGAGAUCACCUUUCAGACGCCCUCUUACAUCAACAUGUGGACGAACACAUCACAGCACAGAGCUGCUGAGAGCUCAGGGACACUACCUGUCCUGUCGCCAAAGAGGCACAGAUGCAUCCCAAGCAGCCCUGUCUAGUGUUGCGCCAGUGUUUGUUGUGAUGAAAUUUGAGUCUGAUGGGAGUGUGACCUCAUUUGAAAAGAAGAAGACUGAGUUGUAUCAGGAGCUUGGUUUGCAGGCAAGAGAUCUGAGAUUCCAGCACUUAACAAGUAUUACAUCACGGAACAAUGCCAUUAUUAUACGCAUGGAGUCCCUCAAGGCAGUGGUUACACCACAGUGUUUACUGGUGCUGGAUUUCCGUGGUCUCGGUCUGGAGAAAUGGCUCGUGUUAGAACUUGGGCCACAGUUGGCUGGAGAUGGAAAUUUGGCUACUUACUCACUGCCCUUUGAGUUCAGAGCUCUGGAAGCCAUUCUGCAACACAGGGUGAAUGUGCUGCAGAUGCGGCUCCAUGAAGUUCAGCCUCAGGUUCUGGAUUGUUUGGAGUCGUUGGUCGACUCGAAGCUCCUCUCUGCCGACCGCAGCAAACUCCAUAUGCUCCUGCUUAAUAGCAAGAGCCUCUCAGAGCUGGAGACAGACAUUAAAGUGUUUAAAGAAAGUCUGCUGAAGAUUCUGGAUGAGGAUGAACUGAUAGAUGAACUCUGUCUCACCAAAUGGAGCGACCCGCAAGUGUUCGAGGAGAGUAGUCUGGGUAUAGAUCACGCUGAAGAGAUGGAGUUACUGCUGGAGAAUUACUUCAUGCAAGCAGAGGAGCUGGGAAACAAAGCCAGAGAGCUGAAAGACCUCAUCGAUGAUUCUGAAAGCGUCAUCUUCAUUAACCUGGAUAGCCACCGUAAUGUCAUGAUGCGACUGAACCUCCAGCUCACCAUGGGAACCUUCUCGCUCUCUUUAUUUGGUCUGAUGGGUGUGGCUUUUGGAAUGAAUUUGGAAUCUUCCUUUGAAGAGGACCCGCGUGUAUUUUGGUUAGUGACAGGGUUCAUGUUCCUGGGCAGUGGACUCAUCUGGAGAAGACUUCUCUCUUUUCUGGGCCGGCAUUUAGAACCCAGCUCUCCCCCUCCUAUGCCCCCUGUAUGGAAGAAAAACCAAAUUGGCACCUUAAAAGCAACAGACAUGAAACCUGGAAUUAGAUGAUAGGGUGACUGCUGCUUUAUAAUAUUUUUUUCCAUCCUUCUCUAUAUCUCUGACUUAUGCAAUACUGUAUUUUUCAGUAUCGUGUACUGCACACCUCAGUCUAAUUUAAAAUGACAUUUAUCUAUUCAGGUAUAUCAUGAAGACAGCUUUUAUUUUGCUAUGUGAUAUUUGUCUUGAGGUUUUGGAAUAAUCUCUGUAUUUGUUGUUGUGAAUACCAUUGACAUAAAUACAUCAGAUACCUUUUAUUGACUUUAAAGUGUGUGACAAAAUUAUCUGCCACUAACUCAGUUUCCCUGGUUACCCUUAAAAAAAAAACACAAGUUUAUUAAUACAUAACUUAAUAAAACAUUAAAAAUAAA